UCAGGCAGAUCAACGUAUGGUAUUUCUUUUUCGAAAUGCAUCAUUUUUACCAACGUAUUAUCGGAUCCGGUGUAGAAAUUUUCACUGAAAAAGAUGGAGCUUAUAGUAUCUUCGAGUUAUUCGUCUUCAUACUUCGAGAAAGUGAAAAAGGUGGAAGGAAGAUGCAGUUACAACGUUUCGAAUGACACAGUAUAAUGCAUUUGAGUGUCAAUACAAUGGAUUUACGUGGUGGAAUUACAUACGCUGUGAUAAUGACAGAAAACUUUCACGGAAACAUCAAAUGAAUCAUUGAAUCUAUGCGUAGGAUGACCAAAGAAUGGCAAACAAAUUUCCAUCAGAUCUGUUUUCAUCAUAAUUCAUCACUCGACAGAGUGUCGAUACAAUGUAUUUACGUGAUAAAAUUCGCGAUUCAAGCGAGGUACAAGCAGAUACCUACUAGGUAUGCAUGAAACUAUUCGCGACGGGGGAGGUCGAUCUAAAAGUUUUGUUAAAUUGAUUAUAUUAACCGCACUUUCUUCUGAUUUUGCAUAGAAAACGAUGACGUCAUCAAUAUUUCUAUAUUCCAGCCCAAUUGUUGCUUUCGGAUUAGCAGUCAUGCUGACAACUUUCUCUCAGGCAAUUUCCGUAAAUUCAUCAGCCAACUGCGAAAAACGGAUGAAAAGCUACGCGAGUAGCGUAUUGUUCACUUGUAACAUCACAAAAAUGACAAAUACGUCGUAUUGGUAUCGUUUAUCACCCGAAAAAAUGAUGACAAUGCUGGAAGAUUCAUCUGACUUGUCGGAUUAUGAAGUAUUAAAAACAUACGAAACAAGUGAAACAUGGCUGGGCAGUCUAUCCUGGUAUGAUACUGGAUUAUAUUCUUGCUUAGAUCGAUCAAAACCGAGAGGGGAACAAGUGAUUUGCUGCAUUAGGUUGAACGUCAGUUGCAAUGGUAUUGAAAUCAACUAUCACAUGAAACAGCAUUUGCAAGAAAUUGAGAAUGGCGUAGCAUCACCAUACACGUUGAAAAAAACCGUUGUUUUUAUUCCUCGACAAACAUACGGGUCAUUUUCUUUAGGAAGUUUUACUAGAGGAUAUCCCAGACCAAAUUAUUCGACAUACAAAACAAAUCAUGGUGAUUCUUUUGGAAAAUAUCUGAAACAAUUUGAUGAUACAAGCCAUUUGUUUCCAUCAAAAAACGAGUCGAAAAUGCCAACUAAUUAUACCUUUCGCACGUGCAACACGAAAGGCUGUGUUGAUAAUAUUUUUCACUCUGUUCAUCAAACUGAAAGUAAUACAGUUGUGGUAGGAGAAGUUAGGGGUGGAUAUGUGACAUUCUGUUGCGAUGCUGAGCUCAACUCUACCUGGAAUGUGCAAUGGCUCAUUAAAAGAGGAAAGGCAACGAAAUAUACUCGUCAGAGACGGACAAAUCCAAAGGACGUGCCUUGCUAUUUUAUUAUUAAUGUGUCUGAUGCGGAUGCGGGUAUAUAUGAAUGUAGAAAGCAAGAUUCAGCAUGGACGACGAUUGCUACUUUUGAAUUGAAAAUUGUUAAUGACUCUACCGUUGAAACGAUCUCUGGCAAUGGCAAUCUCUCAAUCAACGGGGCUACUAUUUCCGCUGAAAAUGUUCUUCUUAAAGAUUCCUUCAGAAAUGAUGGAUUGAUCACCAACAUAUUAUUUGCCAUUUUGAUAACAGCAUUAUUCUUCACAAUAAUAUGCCUUGCCUAUUUUUUCUGCAGAUACAAAAAGGAAAUGAGAAAAAAAGACGCCGAGCUUACAAAAAUGACGAAGCUGGUGAAGAAAAUCAUCAUCCAAAAACAAAUCCGUAUUGAUGACGAUUCUCCAGAUAAUAUUUUGAAUAUGCCUGUCGUUACUAUUCAAUGUUUGAGAUCUCAUACACCCAAAAAUGGUAUGAUUUCUAGCGGAGUAUACGAAAUGCCUUUGGAUGAACGCUGGGAAUUUCCUCGACAUAAUUUACGUAUUGGUAGAACAGUGGGUGAAGGCGAAUUCGGAAUAGCUUUCCAAGCUGAAGCGAAGAAUAUUCCAGGGCGAGAAAAUGAAACAACGAUUGUAGCUGUGAAAAUGCUCAAAGAUGAACCCAAAGACUCAGACAUGAUUGAUUUAGUUUCUGAAAUGGAAAUAUUGAAAUUACUUGGAAACCACCCGAAUGUCCUCCGACUAAUUGGCUGCUGUAGUCAAGGAGGGCCCCUGCUGGUAAUUACAGAAUACGCUGAAAAUGGAAACCUUCAAACAUUUCUGCGUACACAUCCUCAACGGUCGCCCAUUAAACUCCCAGAAACUACUCUCAUGUCUUAUGCUCUGCAAAUUGCGCAGGGGAUGGAUUAUUUGGCCUCAUUAAAGUGCAUCCAUCGAGAUUUGGCGGCUCGCAAUAUCCUUGUAACGGCCGACCACACCAUGAAAAUAGCAGAUUUUGGUCUUGCCAGGAAUGUAAAGAACUCAGAGUACUAUAGAAAAACUUCGAAGGGAAGGCUUCCAAUUAAAUGGAUGGCACCUGAAGCUUUGCUCCAUCACAAAUACACACUCAAGUCUGAUGUGUGGUCAUACGGCAUUCUAUUAUGGGAAAUUGCAACGAUGGGUGGUAACCCAUAUCCUACGAUUCGUAAGCUUGUUGAGCUACUUCACGUUCUAAACCAAAAUUAUAGAAUGGAAAAGCCUCCAAACACAUCUACAAACAUGUAUAAUUUAAUGUUGGAUUGUUGGAAAACUGAACCUGAACGUCGUCCAAAUUUUUCGACUAUUGUGGAACUCUUGACAGAAUUAUUGACACGUACUGAGGUAAUUGAUGAGUCUAGCCACCAUUUAAUAAAUUCUGACACUGAUGAAUCGGAGACGGAAAGCAGCGUUUCAAGUUCAAAAUUCUCUGAAGAUGAAAAUGCAAGUGAAACUGCCUCAUUCAUAAAUGUUUCAGAUACAUGAGUUUGAUAGAAAAAUGUUUUGAUGUUGUUACUCUCGAAGUGCUCAAAAAUGGAGAACUUUGAAAAAAACAUUUUAUGAGCAGGUAUAUUUGAAGCUGGUAAAUGCUGAAAGUUCUUUUUAAAACUUUCAUUUUUUCAGUAUACUGUAUCCUUAAUUUGUAAAAACAAAAAACAAAAAAAAUACCAAUUGCAUUGUAAAUAUUUUAAUUCAGUUGUUUGAGCUUUUUCAAAAAUAUAGGUGUGCAUAUCUAAUAAGAUACAUAUGAUAAGAAGCAAAAGAAAUCUCCCACCUUAUUUAAGCAUGCCUACCAUAAGAUAUUUGAACAUAUUGUAUAAGGUUUAUAAGUAAUUAAGUAGGUAGGGUAACGAUCCUAUUUUAAUAAAGAAUUUUUCAUGAAUAAUGUAAGUUUUGGGAAUUCCCAAACUGGAGAUCGAGGGUGAAAAACAAAAAGUAAUUUAGGCAUUAGGUACAUACUUACAAAUUGAAAGUGUUCGUUUUAAAAAUGUAAUUUAGGUCACUCGACGUAGGUUCUUUAAUUAUUAUUUCAAAAUAAAUACCAAUUAUUUCUUACUUGAAAAUGAAUUUUGUGAUAUUUUUUUUUGAAAUUUGAAUGUAGGUAGAAGGUUGGCAACAAAUAAACUUCGAUCGAGAGUUUUCCCCAGAACGACAAAUUUUUUCGAAAAAAAAUCAUAUGCGGGAAUAAAUUCUCUGCAUAAAUGAAAAAAUCUUCGAAUUGAUUUGGCUUUCGACUUUGAAAAUAUUCUAAAUAAAAAUGUCAAGUUUAAGAAAAAUGAAUCUGAAUAA